CUGAUGUCGUCAUUUGUGGAGAGAGGACUGAGAGUCUAAUCAAAGCUGGUAGGAUCCACGAUGCUGGUUCCUCGUCUUCAUUAAAGAAACCCUUCUCUGGGGCACCUCGCCGUAGAGAAGGAGAGACCAAUGCUGUACAGCACAGAGGGGGUGUGUACAGAACAAAUGCUAACAGAGAUCAAUAUCGUCCAGUAGCUGCAGUGACUAUUCCGGCACCUCAACCUCGUCAACAACAACAACCAAGAGUUCAACAACCGCAGCAACAACAACAACAGCAGCGUCCUUAUCAGCCCAGACAGAAAUUGCAGGCUGAUAGAAGAUUUGAUCCUUUGCCCAUGUCUUACACAGAAUUAUUACCCGAACUACUCAAGUUGGGGAUGAUUGGGUUGCGUACAAUGGCUCCGCCUACAGUGCUGCCUCCCGGCUAUGAUGCUAAUGUUAGAUGUGACUUUCAUUCUGGGGCACCAGGCCACCAUACUGAGAAGUGUCGAGCUCUCCAGCACAAGGUUCAAGAUUUGAUCGAUGCCAAGGCGAUCAACUUCGCUCCAGUGCCUAACGUCGUGAACAACCCUAUGCCUCAGCAUGGUGGGCAUAGAGUGAACAAUAUUGAGGGGAAAGAAGCUGAAGAUCUGGUUGUUAAUGUUGAUGAUGUUCAGACUUCUCUGCUAGUCGUGAAGGGUCGUCUGCUGAAGGGGGGUGUCUACCCGGGCUGUGAUGAAAAUUGUUUGGGCUGUGCAGAAUCUGAGAAUGGUUGCGACCAGUUGAGGACCGGUAUCCAGGGUAUGAUGGAUGAAGGUUGUUUGCAAUUCAGUAGGGCUGUAAAGGAUCGUGGAACAGCGUCAACUAUCACCAUUUACUUUAAACCGUCUGAGGAACGUGGACAAAGGAUUGUCAGUGCACCCGCAACGAAUGGUACCCCAGUUACCAUUCCCGUGCCUGUAACCAUCAGUGUUCCGACUACUACCGUGGCGUCUGGAAGAAGGGUUGUUGAGAAUAGUAGAGCUGUGCCGUGGAAGUAUGAUAAUGCUCACCGCAAUUACAGAAGGGCUGAAAGUCAGACAAGACCAGUGAAUCAAGCUCUAGUGACAAUUGGUUUACCGAAUAGAGUUCCUGCAACUGUUGGUCCGGCUGUGGAUAAUGUAGGGGGUCCAGGAGGUUUUACCAGAAGUGGUCGUCUGUUUGCACCGCAGCCUUUGAGGGACAACAAUGCUGAGGCUCUUGCCAGAGCAAAGGGUAAGCAAGCUGUGGUUGAGGAAGAACCUGUCCAGAAGGAAGCGCCUGAGGGCUCAUUUGAGAAGGACGUGGAGGAGUUUAUGAAGAUAAUCAAGAAGAGUGACUACAAGAUUGUAGACCAGUUGAAUCAGACUCCGUCCAAGAUCUCUAUACUUUCACUGUUGAUGUGCUCUGAGGCACACCGUAAUGCCUUGCUGAAGAUGUUGAAUCUGGCUUACGUACCUCAAGAGAUUUCUGUCAAUCAACUGGAGGGUGUGAUGGCCAAUGUGAGCACCAGGCAUGGUGUAGGUUUCACCAACCUGGACUUACCACCUGAAGGGCGAAACCAUAACAAAGCCUUGCACAUCACCAUGGAGUGCAAGGGGGCAGUGUUGUCUCACGUAUUGGUAGACACCGGGUCGUCGCUGAAUGUGUUGCCUAAGCAGAUUUUGAAGAAGAUUGAUGCGGAAGGGUCUGUGCUUACUCCCAGUGACCUGAUCGUUCGUGCUUUCGACGGCUCCAAACGUUCUGUGUGUGGAGAAGUUACUUUGCCUGUGAAGAUAGGUCCUGAGGUUUUCGAUAUCAUCUUCUAUGUUAUGGAUAUCCAGCCCGCCUACAGUUGUUUGUUGGGGCGUCCAUGGAUUCAUGCAGCAGGGGCAGUCUCGUCGACUCUCCAUCAAAAGCUCAAGUAUGUCUGGAACGGUCAGAUUGUGACUGUGUGCGGUGAAGAGGAGAUUCUGGUAAGUCAUCUAUCCUCAUUCAAAUAUGUUGAGGUGGAUGGCGAGAUCCACGAAACCUUAUGCCAGGCGUUUGAGACUGUGACUCUUGAGAAAGUGGCAUACGCUGAUCAGAGGAAGCCGGGUGUUUCAAUCACUUCUUACAAGCAGGCUAAGGAGGUUGUUGAUUCUGGCAAAACUGAAGGUUGGGGCAAGAUGGUGGAUUUGCCGGUUAAAGAAGACAAAUUUGGUGUUGGUUAUGAGCCUCUCCGAGCAGAGCAGAAUGGUCAAGCGGGUCCGAGUACCUUUACCAGCGCUGGGCUGAUGAAUCAUGGCGACGUCUCUGCAACCAGUAGUGAAGACUGUGACAGUGAUUGCGAUUUGGACAACUGGGUUCGCCCGUGUGCACCAGGGGGGUCUAUCAACAACUGGACGGCUGAAGAAGUGGUUCAAGUUACUCUUCUGACAGAAAGCGAUCUUAUGGCAUCCACUAUGAACAGUCCUGUUAUGGCUCAGUAUGAUUUCGAUAAUCCCAUCUACCAAGCUGAAGAGGAGAGUGAGGAAGACUGUGAACUCCCUGCAGAAUUGGCCAGGUUACUGAAGCAGGAGGAAAGGGUCAUCCAACCUCAUCAGGAGGAGUUGGAAACUGUUAAUUUGGGUACUGAGGACGCCAAAAAGGAAAUUAAGAUUGGGGCUGCUUUAGAAGACUCUGUCAAGAGGAGGCUGAUUGAGAUGCUGAAAGAAUAUGUGGAAGUGUUCGCCUGGUCGUAUCAAGAUAUGCCUGGGUUAGAUACAGACAUUGUGAUGCACCGAUUACCUCUUAGAGAAGGAUGUCCUUCGGUCAAGCAGAAGCUUCGUAGAACGAGUCCUGACAUGGCAACUAAGAUCAAGGAAGAGGUUCAGAAGCAGUGGGAUGCGGGUUUUCUGGCUGUCACCAGUUAUCCACCGUGGGUGGCCAACAUCGUUCCUGUGCCGAAGAAGGAUGGUAAAGUCAGAAUGUGUGUCGAUUACCGGGAUUUGAACAGAGCAAGUCCGAAAGAUGAUUUCCCAUUACCUCACAUUGAUGUAUUGGUUGAUAAUACGGCUCAAUCCUCGGUAUUCUCUUUCAUGGAUGGUUUCUCCGGAUAUAAUCAGAUCAAGAUGGCGCCAGAGGAUAUGGAAAAGACGACAUUCAUUACACCUUGGGGCACGUUCUGCUAUAAGGUGAUGCCAUUUGGACUAAAGAAUGCUGGUGCUACCUAUCAGAGGGCAAUGACGACUCUCUUUCAUGACAUGAUGCACAAGGAAAUCGAAGUAUACGUAGAUGAUAUGAUUGCGAAGUCGCAGACAGAAGAGGAGCACCUGGUUAAUUUGCAGAAGCUGUUUGACCGGUUGAGAAAGUUCAAGCUGAGGUUGAAUCCGAACAAGUGUACGUUUGGGGUGAGAUCAGGGAAGCUUUUAGGCUUCAUUGUCAGCGAGAAAGGGAUUGAGGUUGAUCCAGCAAAAGUCAAAGCUAUUCAAGAGAUGCCUGAACCGAAAACGGAGAAGCAAGUCCGUGGGUUUUUAGGGAGGUUGAACUACAUUGCAAGGUUCAUAUCUCAUCUAACUGCUACAUAUGCGAUUCAGCUUGUUUCCACGCGCCAAUUGCAAAAACAGAUGGAGAUUAAGGUUAUGGAAGGUGAAUGA